AUGUAUGAUAACAAAAAUAAAGAUUAUUUAGGAAAUGGGAUUUUAAAUAGUGAUCCAUUAAAUAUAAAAAAAGAUGAAUCAGUAAAUUAUAUGUCAUUAAAAAAUGAUAUAAAAAAUAAUAAAAAUGAAAUGUAUAAUUUUAAUCCUAUAAAAAUAGAACCAUUUGGUAAACCACCAGUUGGAUAUAUUCCUGGAAAAGGGAGAGGAGUGACAGGAUUUUCAGGAGGAGUUAGUAGAGAUGACACAACAGAUGAUAAAGAUAAAAACGAUUACUCUGAUUUUAAUUAUGACGAAUUUCAUGGUUAUUCCGAAUCAUUAUUUAAAGAUACAGAAUAUGAUGAAGAAGAUAAAGAAGCAGAUGAAAUUUAUGAAAAUAUAGAUGCACGUAUGGAUAUAAGAAGAAAAAGUAGAAGAGAAAAUAAAUUAAAAGAAGAAAUUUCAAAAAUGAGAGCUCAAAAACCAACUAUUCAAGAGCAAUUUAGUGACCUAAAAAAAAAUCUAGCGAAUGUAACUCUUGAAGAAUGGGAAUCCAUACCAAGUGUUUUUCAAUAUUCUUCAAAACAAAGACAAAAAAAAGCACCAAAAAAUUAUUUGCCACCACCAGAUUCUUUGAUAAUGAGUCGAAUUAACGAAUCUAACAUGCAUUUAAAUUAUAAUAAUUCUUCUUCUAGUGGACUUAAAACUCCUCUUGGAUUAGGACUUAAAACACCAUUAGGAUUGCAAACACCAUUGGGAUUACAAACACCAUUAGGCUUACGUACUCCAUUAGGAGCUCAAACUCCGAUAGGAUUAGGAUUUCAAACUCCUUUUAUGAAAAGCUCUACAGCUUUAGGAUAUGAAACUCCUAUGUAUAAUAGGAAUCCUCUAAAAAAUAAUAUGGCAUAUAGUGGUUUAAACACUCCUUUUACUUUAUCUGGUUAUAACACUCCCUUAAAUGCAUCAAAUGUUAGUGGAUAUAAUACUCCACUAUUAAAUAAUGUGAAUAAAUUAUCAUUAAAUGAUUUAGGAGAAGCUAGAGGAACUGUACUAUCAGUUAAACUAGAUGAACUUAUAGAUAAUGUAGAAGGACAAACCGUUAUAGAUCCUAAAGGUUAUUUAACAAAUUUAAAUGCAAAGAGUUUAAUAAAUGAUGCAGAUGUGGCUGAUAUUAAUAAAGCUAGAUCAUUAUUAAAAUCCGUUAUCAGCACAAAUCCUAAACAUGGACCAGGAUGGAUUGCAGCAGCACGUGUUGAAGAAUUAUCUCAAAGAAAAGAUAAAGCGAAAGAAAUCAUUAUGAAAGGAUGUAUUGAAUGUUCAAAAAAUGAGGAUGUAUGGUUAGAAGCAGUCAGAUUAGAAGAUAAAAUUAGUGAAGCAAAAAUAAUUAUAGCUAAAGCUAUUAAACAUAUACCAACUUCUGUUAAAUUGUGGUUAGAGGCAUAUAAAAAAGAAAAGAAUAUAGAUGAUAAAAGAAAAGUUUUGCGAAAAGCCAUCGAAUGUAUACCUAAUUCAGUACGUUUAUGGAAAGAAGCUAUAUCUUUAGAAAAUGAAAAUAAUGCAUAUAUUCUUCUAAAAAGGGCAGUAGAAUGUAUCCCGCAAUGUAUUGAAAUGUGGAUUGCUUUAGCGAGACUUUGUAAUUAUAAUGAAGCUCAAAAAGUUUUAAAUGAAGCAAGAAAGAAAAUUCCUACAAGUGCAGAAAUAUGGAUUAAUGCAUCUAAAUUAGAAGAAAAGCAAGGUAAUAUUAAUAUGGUAGAUACUAUUAUUAAAAGAUGUAUUGAAAAUUUGUCUUCAAAAAAUGUCAUUUUUGAAAGAGAUAAAUGGAUAAAAUUUGCUGAAGAAUGUGAGAAAUCGAACUUUCCUCAUACAUGUGAAAGUAUUAUAAGAAACACAAUGAAUAUAGGUGUGGAAACUUUAAAUAAAAAAAGUAUUUAUAAACAAGAUGCUCAAAAUUGCAUCAAUAAUAAAUCAUUUCAUACUGCUAGAAUUUUAUAUAAUGAAGCACUAAAAAUAUUUAAAACUAAAAAAUCAUUAUGGUUAGCCUUAGCUAAUCUAGAAUUGAAUUAUGGAAAAAAAGAAAGUGUAGAUGAAGUCUUACAAAGAGCUGUGCAUAAUUGCCCACACGCAAGUGUUUUAUGGUUAAUGUUAGCAAAACAAAAAUGGUUAAAUAAUGAAAUAGAUAAAGCGAGAGAAAUUUUAGCAGAAUCAUUUAUGCAUAAUCAAAAUACAGAGGUCAUAUCAUUAGCAGCAAUUAAAUUAGAGAGAGAAAAUAAUGAAUUUGAUAGAGCAAGAUUUUUAUUAAAAAAAUCAAGAGUACAAUGUAAUACACCAAAAAUAUGGAUGCAAUCUGUUCAACUGGAGAGAUUAUUAAGAAAUUACAAAGAAGCAAAAUAUCUUGUAUAUGAAGCGUUAAAAAUUCACAAAUAUUUUGAUAAAUUAUAUAUGAUUGCGGGACAAAUUGAAUUAGAAUAUGAUAAAUUUAAUAAAGAAAAUAGCUUGGAUGAUAUGAAUAAAAUUGUAACUAAUGCCAAUAAUAGUAGUAAAAAUAUAAAGGAAGAAAUUAAUAGAGACAAAUGUGUAGAUCACAAAAUAGAUGAAUAUAAUGAAGAUCCAUAUAUAAAUGCUCAAAAAAUAUAUGAACAAGGAUUAAAAUAUUGUCCAUCAUCAAUUAAUUUAUGGAUUUGUGCUAUUGAUUUACAAAUUGAAAAAAAAAAUUAUACUUCUGCUAGAGCUUUAGUUGAAAAAGCAAAAAUUAAAAUAAAAUAUAUGCAUUCCUUAAAUAAUAAUAAUCAUGUUUUGAAAAAUAAAGAAAUAAUUGAAACUAGUGACUUAGCUUUUGAGGAAGAAUUAAGUAAAAAUUUUGAUGAUAUAAAAAAUCCUAAUUCUAAUAGUAAUAUAUCAAAUAAUAAAAAUGAUUUGGAAAAAAAUUCAACAAGAAGUGCAUCUGUUAAAGUUAUUGAAAAUUAUGAUUUAUUAUGGCUAAAAUUAAUUGAAAUAGAAUUAUGUUGUAAUAAUAAAAAUAUAAAUCCAUUUAUAUCUGAAGCUUUAAAAGAAUGCCCUUCUUCAGGGAUAUUAUGGUCAAAAGCAAUAGAACUAGAAAAUAAAAACUUACAAAAUAGUAAAUCUGUUAGUGCAUUUAAUAAUUGUGGUAAUAAUGCAUAUGUAGUUUUAACUGUAGCUAAAUUAUUUUGGUUUAAUUUUAAAAUUCAUAAAGCUAGAAAAUGGUUUUACAGGGUUAUUACUUUAAAUCCUUAUUUUGGAGAUGGAUGGGCAACUUUUUUAGCUUUUGAAAUUGAUCAACAGAAUGAAAUUAAUCAAAAAGAUAUAAUCAAUAAAUGCAUAAAAGCAGAACCAAAUAGAGGUUAUAUGUGGAAUAAAAUUACAAAAAGAGUUGAGAAUUGGAGAUUAAAAUAUCCACAAAAGUUAUAUAAAUAUAUAAAGGAAUUAUUCCCUGAUGUUUUAAAAAAAAAAAUUUCAGAAAAUAUAUGGGAAAUUAUCACCGAUGAAAAUGUAAAUAAUCAAUUAGGCACGAAUAUGAAUAUAGAAGAAAAAGAAUAUAAAGAAAAAGAAGAAGAAUUGAAAAAAAAUAGUGAUAUCGAUGAAAGAGCUGAAAAUAUAGAUACAAAAUAUAAUGAAAAAAUAGAUAAUGAUAAUGAAAAAAUAGAUAAAGAUAAUGAAAAAAUUGAUAAAGAUAAUGAAAAAAUAGAUAAUGAUAAUGAAAAAAUAGAUAAUGAUAAUGAAAAAAUAGAUAAUGAUAAUGAAAAAAUUGAUAAAAAUAAUGAAAAAAUAGAUAAAGAUAAUGAAAAAAUAGAUAAAGAUAAUGAAAAAAUUGAUAAAGAUAAUGAAAAAAAUGAUAAGGAUAAUGAAAAAAUAGAUAAAGAUAAAAAAAAAAAAUAUACAAAGGAUAACGAUAAAAAAAAAAUUGAUGAAAAGAACAAGGACAGUAUAUCAAAAAAAGAGGAAGAAGAAUUUAAUGAACAUGAAAAUAGACUUAAAAGUAAUGAGAAAAAUAAGAACAAAAGAAAAGAAAAAAAAUACACAUCAGAAUUUAAACAUUCGGACAAAAGAAAAAAAAAAUAA